AUGAAGAUCGCAUUUAGCCUCGUGAUGUCCGUGGCAUUGGUGGCCUCGCUCUGCACGGCGAGCCCACUCUUGGUCACAAAGCAUGUGGUGAAAAAGCUGGUCGCAAAGCAUCAGCAACCCAAGACAGUGACGCACGCCGUCGUCUACACGCCCGUCGUGGCACCGCACCCGGUGGUUGCCGCACCAUCCCUUCACGCAAAGCUCGCUAGCACUUUCGGUGCGCUGCUGAAGCACCCUCUGCUGCAACAUCCCUGGCUGGCCAAACUUACGCCGGGUGGUGUCGUCGAGGUGUACCGCAAACAUGUGCCUUCUGCCGCACCGUACCCUGCCGCCGUUGCUCCUCCCGUUGCCGUGCUGGAUCUACCGCAUGAAGUGGAAGAACAUCAUACGGUGACCACCGUGGUAGCUCCACCGGCACCUGUACACGUCCCGGAACCUGUGCACGUCCCAGAACCUGCACCCCUCCCAACACCAGUCCCCGUUGUUGUUCCGGCCCCGGUAUACGGUGUCCCGGCACCGACCUACGGUCUGCCAGCUACCUCCGAGCUUUCAUCGUCAGCAUCUUCCAGCAGCACCUCGGAAACAUCCGGUGCCGAUAGUGCGGCGAAAUAUGUUGCCGUCAAUCUGGGCGCACGGCACGAGGCUCCCCUGCCCGGUUACGAUCAUUCGGUUGUGCUCGAAAAUCUAGAACCUGCCCCAGGCACCGAGGGCUUGACGAUGUUGGUGCCACCGGUCGUUUCUAACGAGCUGCACAACUGGAACGCUGAACCGGUAGUGCUCAGAGGGGAGGAUCUGCUAUCAUCCGGCUAUCUGCGAAUGGCCGACGGGCCGACGGUGGAAGGUUCCAGUGAUGGGGAGGCACGGUACAUCGCCAUCAACAACGGCGUACGCCACGAAGCACCACUGCCCGGAUACGAUCAUUCGAUCGUGAUCGAAAAUCUCGACACCGUUUAG